AUGAAACCAAGAGUGCCAUUGGCGCUUCAACAAGUCUUCACAAAGUCCUCCAGUGGUGAGGAUGUCCAACGAAUUCAACCUCCGAAAAAUGGACUUGGAUUCAAAGUCUUUCAGCGAAAGGGAGAAGGCAAGAUUUCGGUAAAUAUCAAAUCACUCAUUGGACGAACACCAAUGAAGGCAACAAAAGCAAUGAAAGCAACAAAAGAAUCAACAACAUCAACAUCACGAAAUGAUGCGCCGACCAUCACAAGAAGCAGCUCGAUCAAAAGUAUUAUAACGAUCGAGUCAGCAUCCGAUUCCUAUCGCAAGGCCAAUCCGAUUACAGAGAAAAAGAAACGAGAACGCAAAUCCAUUGAUACUCCUCAGGGCUUUUUCGAAGCUGCCUUGGAAGAACGAGGUUAUUCGACUGAAAAGUACGUUACGAUUGAAAGUGCGUAUUAUUGUAGGCCCACUCCAUUGCAAAAGGCAUCCUACGGUACUCGCAUGAACGAGGCCAUUUUGAAAUCCGAUGCCACCUUAUUGCGCCGAUUAUUAGAUUCCGGACUCUCUCCCAAUCCUUGCAAUGAUUUUGGAGAAUCCUUGGUCCAUCGAAUCUGCCGACGCGGAGAUCACAAACUAUUACGGGUGCUCUUGGAAAAUGGUUGCUGCCUCCAAAUUGCCGAUGAUUAUGGUAGAACUCCUCUUCACGAUGCCUUGUGGAAGGCCGAACCAUCGGAAGAAAUCUUGAAUCUGAUCUUGCGAGCGGACCGAGAUUUGAUUCGUUUGAUGGACUGCCGCGGGUUUGUGCCACUGGAAUAUGUGCGCAAGGCAUCUCAUACCAAAAUGAUUGAAUACUUGACUCGAUCUCUGGACAAGUUCUUUCCGCACCGGGAUGGUACGGUAGACAGGCCUCCCAUUUUGACGAAGAGACAACCCCAUUCCACUCCGGUUCCAGAUCCUGGCAUGGCACUGCUCCCCCACACUGCUGCUCUUGUAGCGAAUGGUGAGAUUGAACCAGAGGAUGCUUUGCAUUGGGAUGAUAGUUCGUUUGAUGACAGCUCGUACGAGGAUGAUUCCGAAUUGGAUAGUGAUGAUGAUGAUAGUUACUACUCGGAGACUCAAGUCAGUGCAGAUUUGGACCUUGAAUUUGACGAAGCCGCUAUUAUGGAACUUUGUAUUCGAGUGGGAGGGCCCAUUGCCGUUUCCAAGCACUGUCUUGCGAAAAAGUCUCCAACUACUGCCCGAUCGUUUGCCCGCAAUGGUCCCAUGAUCAUGAGCAAUCCCCCGGAUCUUUCCAAAGAUGAUCCAUGA